AUGGUAGGAUAUAGUCUGGCGCUUUGCAUUGCGGAGAACUCGACUCUGAUUGUGUUUCAGCAGUCAAUGACACCGAUCACGCCGCUGGAAUCCGGCGUGGAGAUGUUCCAGAAAGGAAAGCUGCAGCCAUUCUUUACCGCUCGGCAAAGCAAGCCUCGGCCGGUUUCCGAGGUUACUCAGAUAUUCGAUACUGAUUUCGAGGAUGAUGAGAGUGAGAGCGAGAGCGAGAGCGAGUUUGAAGAAGACUCCCCAAAAUAUAGCUUCGACUCUCACGAGAGUAGACGCAGUCAAACCACCAUUUCAACAUACGAUGAAGUAUCCACGCCGCACUCGAGUCGACAGUCCAUGUUUGAACUGCACACACAAGCUCAAAUGCAAGCAAUGAAACCCGUAGAAGGACCGAAAGGUCCUCAUCUCUUUCGUGCAUCACAAUCGUCCUCUGAGUUCUCUUUCGACUAUGCGCUGCAAAUGUCGCCUCUACUGCCGAAGCAGCCGCCGCCGAGGAUAGAGACCGCUUUCCGUGAGCCUAUCCAUCCUCGAGCCUUCAACAGUCUGCCGGAUGCGGUGGCGGGUCUCGACAGCAGCGAAGUCCGUACGUGGAGCGCACAACAAGUUGCUUCGUGGAUGUACAGCUCCGGCUUCGAGGAGUCGAUAAUAGAGAAGUUUGAAGUGCACGAUAUUACUGGCGCGGUCUUGCUCGACCUACAAUUCGAGGAUCUCAAGGAGCUAGAUAUCCAAUCAUUCGGCAAGCGUCAUCAGCUGUGGAAUGAGAUCGACGCACUGCGUGGAAACGAGGGAAGAGACAGCCCUGUCCAUACGCCCUUCCAAGAUAUCAGUCGCCCAUGCACUCGUAACACCAGGAAUAACAGUACGCGAGACCGUUCCCAAUCCCGGGCUCCUCACGAAGGGUGCGACAGUGCCGUUGACGGAAACUUCACGCCAAUAACGCCGGGCGACAGUCGGCGACGACGAGGACGAAAGCAUCGCAAUGUUGGCGAUGAUAUAAUUACCCCGGCGGAGUCUGUAUCGAUUGUCGCUAUCGAGCAACUUCUGCCCAAGCCACACAAAUGUCCGAAAGGCGAGCGGUGUCAAAAAUGGAAAAAGCAGCAGAGGCAGCUGGCGCGGUUGCAAGAAGAGCACAGCUUCCCUAUCUCCCCUGAGAAAGGGGGACACAUUUUCGUUGCCGGAGAUCCCGGUAAUGCCGCAACUACGGCGGCGCUCCACUCCAAUAUCGAUCUACAGCGCCCGACUUCUGAUGCUGUACCGUCAGUCGUAGCGUCCUCAGACCUCCUCGGCCCAGGCCAGCUUCCUGAAUUUGCCCUGCAAGAAGACUACCUGCGGAACUUCGAGCUCCGAGAUCCUCAGGAGAACGUGAAGCACUUCCUGUCGCUGCAACACAUGGAAGCGCAUCACAUGCACAAUUCUCCGCCACCCAUGGAGCCUCCUACGACUCCUCCUCUAGAGAUGUUUCCACCUCUUCACCCACCAGAGCAUACCCCAGGACCACACUGCAACCUCAAGUCUCUACCAAAACUCAGCAUCCCUCGCUCUGCUUCUGCUAAUCCUUACGUCGGGUCGCAAACUCUUCGGCCGGCCGGCCCUUCCAUUGCAAAUGGCGUUGACGCGUUCACCCCCUGCCGCAGCGCCACCGCUUCCCCGGGAGGGGCAUCACUUUAUCGCUUCGGGACACCGGCUUCUGAGAUGGACGUGCCCGUUACUGCUAUUCUCCUCGGUCCCGUUUCACGUGACGCCUCGCAGUCAGUGCCGCCAAACAUGCAGUUCCGUGAUCCCGUGCAGCGCAGCGGUGCAACAUCUCGUGGCGAGCACUGGCGGCGUCCGUCCCUCCUCCCACAGCUCAACGAGGACGAGGUUUUCUCGCCUACGUCGCCGUCUUCGGACACGCUGCAUGAAAGCAACCCAGACUCUCAGGCCGCCCAAACUACGGGAAUCCAUGACGACGCUAAGACGUCGCAGCAGCCGAAGAAGAAGACCACCGGCUUCCAGUACAGCGGCGUCAACCACCACGGCUGGAUGAAGAAGCGCCGUACCAAGCUCCUCCGCCAUGAAUGGCAAGACCAGCACUUCCGCCUUACUGGGACUCAGCUAGCCAUGCAUGCGAAUUCGCUUCCCACUUCCUCGCCGCUCGACACUAUUGACGUGGAUGAGUACGCCGUUGCAUGUUCGUCGCUCGCUUCCAACAAGCUCGCCGCGAAGCUGAAGACACUCAAGAUCGCGGGCGAGAAGAAGAAUGCUCAGGGCGUGGACCCGACUGCUUUUACAUUCCAGCUCGUGCCGACUGGACCGAAUGAAAGAGAGGGGACAGUCGUGAAGAAGGUGGUAAAUGGGAAGACGCACCAUUUCGCGGUCAAGACUCGGGAUGAGCGGAUUGACUGGAUGAGGGAGCUGAUGCUUGCGAAAGCGUUGAGGGCGAAGGGAGAGGGUUACGAAGUUCAGGUCAAUGGCGCAGCAGUGUAG